AUGACCGCGCCCGAACAACUCCCAGAACAGGCCUCGUCGCCAGCGCCCACUGGCAAGGACCAGGCCGUCCGACGACGCAGAAAGUCGAGCAUCAGAGCCCACGGCCAGCCGUCCUCUGCCUCCGCGAAGCAGGACGAGCUCGUCGCCCAACGCAGCCGCGCCCGCGCCCUCCUCCGCAAGUGCAAGCACAUCGCCGUCAAGCACACCUGGACCACGCCUCUCGUCCUGAUCCUCGCCUUCCUGUCCACCUACGCCAUCAACCCUACCGAGUCCAACAUCGUCCACCACUUCCUCUUCCUCUCCUACAAGCUCUCCGACGCCGCCGACGACAAUGACGCCCCCGUCCACUACGGCAAGGGCCCCUGGGACAUCGCCUUCGUUCUGUUCUACUCCAUCGUCCUGACCUUCACACGCGAGUUCGUCAUGCAGGAGCUCCUCCGCCCUCUCGCCAAGUCCUACGGCAUUCGCUCCAGGGGCAAGCAGCUGCGCUUCAUGGAGCAGGGCUACACGGCGUUCUACUUUGCCAUCCUCGGCCCCGCCGGCAUGUACGUCAUGAGCCGGACGCCCGUCUGGUACUUCAACACCACCGGCAUGUACGAGCUCUACCCGCACCGCAGCCACGAGGCCAUCGUCAAGUUCUACUACCUCUUCGAGGCGGCGUACUGGGCGCAGCAGGCGCUGGUCAUGCUCCUCGGUAUGGAGAAGCCGCGCAAGGAUUACUACGAGCUGGUCGCGCAUCACAUCGUCACGCUCGGCCUCAUCGGUCUCAGCUACCGCUUCCACUUCACCCACAUCGGCAUUGCCGUCUACCUGACCCACGAUAUCAGUGAUUUCUUCAUGGCCAUGUCCAAAACGCUCAACUACAUCGAUCACCCGAUCACAGGUCCGUGGUACUGCCUGUCCCUCGCCUCCUGGAUCUACCUGCGCCACGUCAUCAACCUUAAGAUCCUCUGGUCCAUCCUGACCGAGUUCCGCACCGUCGGCCCCUACCAGUUCUACCCCGACUGGGACAACCAGCAGUACAAGUGCAUGGCCUCCAACAUCAUCACCUUCGGCCUGCUGGGCCUGCUGCAGGCGCUCAACCUCUUCUGGCUCUUCUUCCUCGUGCGCAUCGGCUACCGCUACGUCUGGCACGGCGAGGAGAAGGACGACCGCUCCGAGGCCGAGGAGUCCGACGUCGAGCCCCUGGAGACCAUCGAGGAGGUGUCCAAGAUCGACGCCGUGCCCGUCGCGGAGGUUGCGAGCGGCGUGGCCAACGGCAGCGCGAAGCGGAGCAGACGCGCAUGA